AUGUUUCAUGACGAGGUACACAGCCAGGAGCUCCCGCCCGAAUGUGCUAUAGCGCGAUUCGCGACGUUGGAAAGAGAAGACCCGAAACGGUACUUUCUGCACGGAUUCAAGGUCGUUUUGUCUGGUGCUGCUUUCGCUUUCCGCGGGGCAGUAACUUGUGACUCCAAAAUCACUGCCGACCAGGGGGGUCAUUGCACUCAAGAGUCUGUAGUUUUCUUCUACGGUACCAUCGGACCACUUUCACGAUAUUCUCUCAAGGCCAUCAAGCUGUACCUCUCCAAGCCCUUGGGUCUGGAGUCCAUGGGACACGAGCGCACUCGUCAACUUUGCGGUGUGCUUCAGCUUCUGUUUGGCAGCAGCGCAGGCCUGUCAGGAUCCUGCAAGGGACCACGAACUGCAGGGGUUGAUACUUCCAGAGGUGCUUGCCAUUCCAACUAUGCUAACUAG